GCGUGUUUGUAGGUGUGAGAAAGACUCAUAAUAUUAUAAAAAGAUAGGGGGAGAGAGAGAGAGAGACGAGAGCGCCACCACGAACAAGCGCGCACAGCAUAGAACUGCAAUCUUUAAAUCAUAAACCAUAGUUACUUGCUGGCCUCCGACCCAGUAUGAACGCAGAGUCAACUCAGCUUCAGCAAGCACAGCUGGCGGCGAUUAUGGGUCCGGACCAGGCGCCAUUCGAAACCCUAAUUUCCAAUUUGAUGUCCUCCUCCAACGAGCAGCGAUCCCAGGCCGAAUCAAUCUUCAAUCUGCUCAAGCAGACCGAUCCCAACUCGCUAGCCCUCAAGCUCGCUCACCUCCUAUCGUCAUCACCGCAUCACGAGGCGCGCGCCAUGUCCACCGUCCUUCUCAGGAAGCAGCUGACUCGAGACGACUCGUUCAUCUGGCCCCAACUCAGUGAUGCGACACGCUCUGCUGUUAAAAAUAUCCUCCUCUCCUCUAUCCAGCGAGAGGAUUCCAAAUCCAUCAGCAAAAAGCUAUGCGACACCAUAUCGGAACUCGCUUCCUCGCUCCUCCCAGAACGUCAGUGGCCGGAAAUUUUGCCCUUUAUGUUCCAAUGCGUAUCCUCCGACUCCCCAAAGCUCCAGGAAUCGGCAUUUUUGAUAUUCUCCCAAUUAGCCCAGUACAUCGGGGAUACAUUAAUUCCAUUCAUAGUGGAUUUGCAUACCGUGUUUCUAAAUGUGUUGAACAAUUCUUCGAAUCCUGAUGUGAAAAUUGCGGCCUUGAGUGCGGUCAUUAAUUUCGUUCAGUGCUUGACGAGUUCAAAUGAUCGUGAUAGAUUCCAGGAUUUGUUGCCCGCAAUGAUGAGGACUUUGAUGGAUGCAUUGAACUCCGGACAGGAGGCAACCGCCCAGGAGGCGUUGGAGUUGAUGAUAGAGUUGGCCGGAACUGAGCCCAGGUUUCUACGCAGGCAGAUUGUGGACGUGGUGGGGUACAUGUUGCAGAUAGCCGAGGCUGAGAAUUUUGAAGAGGGCACAAGGCAUUUGGCAGUUGAGUUUGUGAUUACUCUUGCCGAGGCUCGGGAGAGGGCACCUGGAAUGAUGCGCAAGUUGCCUCAGUUUAUUGAUAGGCUCUUUUCCAUUUUGAUGAAGAUGCUCGUGGAUGUUGAGGACGAUCCUGCUUGGCACAGUGCACAAGCUGAGGAUGAAGAUGCCGGGGAGACAAGUAAUUACAGUGUUGGGCAGGAGUGUUUGGAUAGGCUAGCAAUUGCCCUUGGAGGGAACACAAUUGUCCCAGUGGCUUCGGUGCAGUUGCAAGCUUAUUUUGGGGCACCAGAUUGGCAAAAGCAUCAUGCAGCUCUCAUUGCCCUUGCACAAAUUGCAGAGGGUUGUUCAAAGGUAGUUCCUGCCUGGUUGAGCUGCUUACCUAUAAAAGGUGAUCUUAUUGAAGCAAAAGUUGUUCAUGAGCAGCUUUGCACAAUGGUUGAGAGGUCCGAUAGGGAACUUCUGGGUCCCAACAAUCAAUAUCUCCCCAAAAUAGUCGCAGUAUUUGCUGAGGUCCUAUGCGCAGGUAAAGAUCUUGCUACAGAGCAAACUAGUAGUCGUAUGAUUAAUUUGUUGAGGCAGCUUCAACAGACGCUACCACCAUCAACUCUUGCCUCUACGUGGUCAUCCUUGCAGCCUCAGCAGCAGCUUGCAUUACAAUCAAUUCUUUCAUCAUAGUGCAUAAGGGGAGGCAACAUAAUUCAUUUGUGUUUUAUGAUGGUUAUACAUUUGUUAAUUAUUCAUUCAAGUUGACAGCAUUCAUUUGCAUCAGCCUCAUGUUGGUUGUUUUUUCUCGAUUGUCAAUGCCAGUUGCGAGUAAAAUAUGGACUACCGUUUGCAGAAUGUCUUACUUUAGAAAAGAAAAGAGCGAGAUGGUGGUCUGGGGGUUUGUGAGAUUUUUUUGGUCAAUUAUCAUACUUGAGGGUUGUUAGAGGCAAUCCAGUUGCAGUUUUGAUCCAGCAAUGUUUUUCACUGUUUUACAUUAUGGAGUUUUUAGCUGUACAUGGUGAAUUUUUAUCAUUUGUCGAGGUUGUUUGGGAUU